AUGAGUUUUUUAGGGGAACAGUUCAGGAACAAGAUGGCUGUCCUGGGGCAAGAAAAGUAUCUUUCUUCUUCCACAUAAACACGGCGUUUUAAUGCGACCACCAGUGUCAUGUAAAUAUCUUAUUAUGGAGCCACUUUAAUAGCUUAUUAGGGAACAACUUUAACGCUUUAAAGGCAUCGCUUUAAUACGGAGGACAUCGUUUUUUGAGACGGAAUUGAAGAUCGGAAAGUUUUCUCAACGGUUUGUUGAGAGUGAAAACUAACGUAACUUACUAAAUGAACGCAGGCUAUGUGCGGAGCAUGACACCGUUAUUUAAACGUCUUAAUUGUCAUUUUUACACACCGUGUUACCUUUAAUGUAGCUAGGUUAUUUAGGAAGUUAUUUGACUAACCUUCCAAAUCUGCUUUGUUUUUGUCGUUUAACGGUUGAGCUUCAGCCGUUAUAAACUUUUAACGGUUGAGCUUCAGCCGUUAUAAACUUGUAUCGGAGGUUUUUGCAUCACUUUUUUCAGAUGCCCCGCACUACAUAAAAACAACUAGCUAACUGAACCAUGAGUUCAUCCCGAGUCAGACCGCAGCAGCUACCGCAGAGUGAGGCUGGCAGGUUGCCGCAAAGACUAGACUCAGGCGAAGGGAUAGAGAUGGAGAACAUCCAGCAUCAAGACCUCGGUCUCGGAGGAGUCGUAGGCACCCCGUCCCCUCCGUCGAGACAAGCGUGGAGUCGGGAUAACCCGGGGUUUGAGCCCGAGGAGGAGAUUAUGGAAGCCGACUGGCCUCCAGCGAGUCCCGGGAGAAGGUCGGUGUCCACGGCCUCUAGCAGCAGCUGCAGCAGCGGCCUGGGAAGCUACACCGGGGCGGGCAGCAGCACCCACAUCACCCGAGGAGGACUGUACCCGACCCCGACUGUGGAUGCUCGGCAGCAGAACAGGCAUGACCACCGCAGCUGGAUGAAGCAGAUACUCCACAAGAUCCGAAUUCUGUGGGGCACAGAGCUGAUGGAGGACAGCGACAGCAGUCGAGAGAGGUACCUCAGGAACGUACUGAGGGAGCUGAUUACAUAUGUCGCAUUCCUCAUCACUAUUUGUAUCUUGACCUAUGGGAUGGUGAGCGCCAAUAUGUACUACUAUACCAAAGUCAUGUCUCAGCUUUUCCUGGACACACCGCUGUCUGCCGGGGACCCUUCCUCCUUCAGAAGCCUCUCGACCAUGGAGGAUUUCUGGAAGUUCACAGAGGGACCUUUCCUCAAUGGCAUGUACUGGGAGGUGUGGUACAACAACAAGAGCCUGCCAGAGAAUCAGAGUCUCAUCUACUAUGAGAACCUCCUCCUCGGGGUGCCACGGCUGCGGCAGGUCAAAGUCCGCAACGAGUCCUGCUCCAUCCACGAAGAUCUGAGAGGCGAGGUUCAGGACUGCUUCAACAUGUACACCCCAACCAACGAGGACACGACCUCCUUUGGCUCCAAGAAUGGAACUGCGUGGGUGUACACAGCAGAGAGUGACAUGAAUGGGAGCGGUUAUUGGGGCCAGAUAUCUAAUUAUGGAGGUGGAGGAUAUUAUCAAGACCUGUCUCGUACCAAACAGGAGUCGGCAGCUCAACUGCAGUUUCUCAAAGACCAGCUGUGGCUGGACAGAGGCACCAGAGCGGUGUUUCUCGACUUCUCCGUCUACAAUGGGAACAUUAACCUCUUCUGCAUCGCCAGGUUGUUGGUGGAGUUCCCUGCUACUGGCGGGGUGGUGACCUCCUGGCAGUUCCAAACAGUGCGUCUGAUACGAUAUGUGUGCAGCUGGGACUACUUUGUUGGUCUGUGUGAGGUGGCAUUCUGUCUAUUCAUCAUCUACUACGUGGUGGAGGAAGUGCUGGAGAUCCGCAUCCACCGCCUGCAUUAUUUCAAGAGCCUGUGGAACUGUCUGGAUGUUCUCAUUGUGGUGUUGAGUGUUGUUGCCAUUAUCAUGAACAUAACCAGGACAGCCAUUGUUGGAGACCGUCUGAAAGGCCUGUUGGAGAACCACAGCACUCACCCCAGCUUUGAGCCUCUGGCCAAGCUGCAGGUCCAGUUCAACAACGUGGCUGCAGUCAUCGUCUUUUUUUCAUGGGUCAAGCUUUUUAAGUUCAUCAACUUCAAUAAGACCAUGAGUCAGCUGUCCGGCACCAUGUCCCGCUGUGCCAAGGACCUUGUGGGUUUUGCCAUCAUGUUCUUCAUCAUCUUCCUGGCGUACGCUCAGCUGGCCUACCUGGUGUUUGGAACCCAAGUCAACGAUUUCAGCACUUUCCAAGCGAGCAUAUUUACUCAGUUCCGUAUCAUCCUGGGAGACUUUGAGUUCUCAGAAAUAGAGGAGGCGAAUCCAGUGCUCGGUCCCAUCUACUUCAUAACCUUCGUCUUCUUCAUUUUCUUCAUUCUCAUGAACAUGUUCCUGGCCAUCAUCAAUGACACGUACUCUGAGGUGAAGGCCGACAUGUCCCAGCAGAGGUCUGAGAUGGAAAUGACUGAUCUCAUUAAGAAGGGUUGUAACAAAGCUUUGAUGAAGUUGAGACUGAAGAAGACGGCAGUAGACGACAUCUCCGACAGUUUGCGUCAGGCCGGGGGCAAACUGAACAUCGAUGAACUCCGCCAGGAUCUGAAAGGGAAGGGCCACACAGACGCUGAGAUUCAGGCCAUCUUCGCCAAGUACGAUCACGAUGGCGACCAGGAGCUGACGGAGCACGAACACCAGCAGAUGAGAGACGACCUGGAGAAAGAGAGAGACUUGGAUCUGGAACGCAAUUCUCUGACGAGAGCCAACAGCGGGCGGAGCUUCCCUCGUACCCAGGACGACUCGGAGGAAGACGAUGACGAGGAUAGCGGUCACAGCUCUCGACGGCGCGGCAGCAGUUCAGGCGGCGUCGCCUACGAAGAGUUUCAAGUGCUGGUGCGACGUGUGGACAGGAUGGAGCACUCUAUCGGCAGCAUCGUGUCCAAGAUAGACGCUGUGAUCGUGAAGCUGGAAACUAUGGAGAGAGCUAAACUCAAAAGGAGAGAUGUGCUGGGCAGACUGCUGGACGGAGUCAUGGAGGAUGAGCGUCUGGGACGGGACACGGACGUCCACAGGGAGCAGAUGGAGAGGCUGGUGAGGGAGGAGCUGGAGCGCUGGGAGUCUGACGAUAUGGUCUCUCAGGUCAGCCACCCACAGCCGGCCACUCCUGUCGGCCCCCGGACCCGCCCGUCCUCCUCUCUGUCCACCGACGGCCUCGACACAAGCACAAACGCGAGCGGCCACGUGUGAGCAUUUCUGAGGAUUAUUCCAAGAAACGCUCCCCUGGAAAUGUCCCUGCAGCGGUAACCAAGAUAUCUCUUGACGUAUUACAAAGGAGGUGACAAAAUCAAACGCCUCAAAUACUUAAACGCACUGAAAGUGAGUGAGACAUCUAAAAGUAUUCACUAAAGCUAUUAUUAAGUAUUACUUUAACAGGAUGAUGAAGGGACACAUGAACAUGUGAGAACGAGGUUGAAUAGUGAAGGAUUUACAGUACAGUGUUACAUUACAGUAAAUAUAUUACACCAGCCUGCCAGCAUACUCAGUUGUACCCAGAAUACACAGCGUAUGAUUUUAGUAUUACAUGAGAGAUUUGCUCACCUGCUUUUGAUUAAUGUAUCCACACAUCUUAGCAUUUACACAAAUACCAAAAAAGGCAUUUCUGUUAAUUAUGCUGAUUAGUCUUUCAUCAUUUUAAUACACAGUAGGUACAAGUGUGGCACAUUCUGUCAUAUUUACUCAUCCUCUGUACAUCAAUUAAGCUUCAAAUUAAAUAGCUUAUUAUCGUUUUAUGAUACAUAUUGUAACUUAAAACAAACUUCGAUUUGGAGUGCAUCUAGUGUUCAUGGGAAACCCAUGCAUUUAUUAUUAUUUUUCUCUGUGCCUUACUUUUUCUUUUUUUCUUUUUUUACAAUCUAUUUCUUUUUUUAAAUCUGUUAUUAUGCCAAAUAAAGUGUUAUUAAAAUAUUAGUUUGUUUAAUUUUUUAU